AUGCCCAGUUCGAAGAAGAACAAGAAUGCGAAGGAUGGUGGUGUUGCCGCGGCGCUCGCCAAGCAGAUAGCCAACAACAAGUCAGCCCACGGCCUCAAGGCUGGCGAGAGGGGCUACCACUUCGCAUUCGACACUUUUCCCCGGCGGUAUCCCGACCCCACGCCCGGUUCCGACAACGUCAUAGUGGCGGGUUACGAAGCGGUUGUGGUUUCCUCUGGAGUGACUGGUGAAUGCUGGGUAUACCGCCAACUGCCGGCGGAUGGUGGUGCGGACGUUGGAUUUGGCAUUGUCGCCAAGUGCUGGACGAGCAUCCAGCGUGCUUUGAAGUCGUCAGAUGCGUCCGACGAUGGUGACCGAACCCGUCUCUCUCCCGCGCCGCCCCGGCCCAUGAUGCCAAACAUGCCGAUUUUGGCUCUGAAUGGUCGGUGGCUCGCGUACUGUCCGCCGUCCCAGUCGUCACAAAUUUCUUUGCGAGCCCAUAUCGGGGUUCCCGUUAUCGGAAAGGGUCCCGGCGUUUCGACGGUGACCGCACCACCAGUUCCGACGGCCAACCUAGCCACUGAUCUUCCACUCUCCGAAGGCAUCAUGAAUAAGUUGAUGCGGGAAACAACCCAAGAACUCAUUCAGGGAGCGAAAUGGGUCGGUCAACAAGGAAAGCAGGCCUGGAAUGCGUACUGGAAUAAGUCGCCCUCGCCCAACCAGCCUCAGCUCACGGCGCGGUCGCCUCCAGCGCCUUCGCAACCCUGGGGAAAUUCUUACCCACCGAGGCAAGAUGCUGGGCAGUUCCCCCGACACACGGCACUUCGGCCCAAGCCGUCACUAAAGACCCCGGUCUCGUGUCGAUUGUGGAUCUCGAUACGGUCCCGCGGGGGAAUGUAUCGCGACUUCAACGUCCCCGGCAUUCCGGAGGAUAUCCUGUCUGAAACGACGAGGCACUUUAUCAACGGGGAUGAUGACAUGUAUCUUUCUGAUAGAGACAUGGAUGCUGGAAACACGGUCACGCUCGAGACCAGGCCUCGAAUUGUGGAACCGGAAGCGGGCACGGAGUCAUCGAUCCCCCAAGUGGAGAUCGAAUCCAGCGCCCCCUAUCAGCCUUUCCACACAGAUAGGCGCGUCGCUUUAUACUCCUACGACGAAGGAAGCGAUUUUGCCACAAACCUCCUCCUUGGCGACCUCUCGCUCGAUGAUGCGACAUCGUCCAAGAAGAAGAAGGGCAAGAGCAAAAAGUCCUCUUCUACAGGUGGCGGUUUCUCUGCAUCUGGAUCAGGCGCCUGGGCCUUUGGCCAGGCGUUGCCUGCGACAAAGCUCGAUCUUGGGCUGCCAGACAACAAUGACACGUCUCUGAUCCUGCCUGAGGACCACCGCGCACUGCCAGCCUCGGCGAUAGAACGAGUCCUCCAGGUCGGUGCCAACGAGGAGCAGAUCGUGGUAACGACUCGGCGUCGCCGCGGUGCUCGCCACGCCGAGCACGAGGAUGACGGCUUCUUCGAGGACGACUGCGAGGUGUUGGACUUUGCGGAUCAGCGGGUCUAA